CCAAUUAUACCGCACCCGCGUCAUGUGAUAUUCACGUGGGCGGAUUUUGGGCGAGUCGUUCGACCUUUUGAGCCAGUAAAUAGAGUGUAGAGUCAGUCGUUCAGGAAGAAAGCGGCGUUCUCUCUGGAGUGACUCGACUCGGAACUGUACCAGAGAACGACUAUCCUAGGGUAAAGAAAGUUAUGGCGUCUCGCGGCGGAACGGCAAGAAAUGGCAGUCGGAGUGACAGAGACGGGAGACGGCCUUCUCACGGGACCACGUCCUCACGAGGCUCCCGAGACGUCCCCUCCAGCCACAGCUCUGUUCUGAUGGUGGGACCCAACUUCAGGGUCGGGAAGAAGAUUGGCUGUGGCAACUUUGGAGAGCUGAGAUUAGGAAAGAAUUUAUACAACAACGAACACGUAGCAAUCAAGUUGGAACCGAUGAAAUCAAGAGCACCUCAGCUGCACUUGGAAUACAGAUUCUACCGGACACUGGGCAACGCAGUUGGAAUACCACAAGUGUUUUACUUUGGACCGUGCGGCAAGUACAAUGCGAUGGUCCUGGAGCUACUUGGACCAUCAUUAGAAGAUCUCUUUGACAUUUGCGACAGAACUUUCUCACUCAAGACUCUUCUAAUGAUAGCCAUCCAACUAAUUACGAGACUGGAGUACGUGCACAGCAAACACCUCAUCUACCGCGACGUGAAGCCGGAAAACUUCCUGAUGGGCCGGUUUGGAACGCCCAAUCAGAACACAGUCAACAUCAUUGACUUUGGGCUGGCAAAGGAAUACAUUGAUCCCCUCACCAAUAAACACAUACCCUACCGCGAGCACAAGAGCCUGACCGGCACUGCCAGAUACAUGAGCAGCAACACUCACCUAGGAAAAGAGCAGAGCCGGCGAGACGACCUUGAGGCACUGGGUCACAUGUUCAUGUACUUCCUGCGAGGGAGUUUGCCGUGGCAGGGUCUGAAGGCAGACACACUGAAGGAGAGAUACCAGAAGAUCGGAGACACAAAGAGAGCCACUCCCAUCGAGGUUCUCUGUGACGGACACCCAGAAGAGAUGUGUACCUACUUGAGGUACGUACGGCGACUAGACUUUUUUGAGACUCCAGACUACAACUAUCUGCGGAAGCUGUUUCAGGAGUUGUUUGAGAGACGAGGCUACAAGGAUGACGGAGUGUUCGACUGGACAGGGAAGGAGAUUGUGAGUUUGAGUGUGCCCCUCUAAUCAGAGCCCAUGAUUGCUCCACCUACUCUUCCAAUACAGAAGGGCCACACAGGCACGCUGCCCAAACCAGUUGAGAGACCAGGGAAACGUGGUAUGAACUAUCAUAGCUGACACUAUUUAUUGUGCAUCAGUACAGUUUCAGCCAUCACUGUGUAGUUCUCUCUCACUGGAGUAUAUGUAUAUACCCACGUCUGUGUGUGUGUGUGUUUUCUGCAGAAGGACGUGGUGGUAGAGCCAGCUCCGACAGAGCACAAGACAGGGAGUCAAGUGCCCAUCCCAGGAACAGGUACAAACAGCACGGCUGACAUGGUCAACUCGAACCGGCCGGCAAGGGGACCUCGCCAGCCACAGACACAAGUGGAAGUGGUAGAAGAGACUAGGUGUUGCUGUUUUACUAGAAGAACACGAAGAAAAGCUCCGCAGGCAACCACGUGACUAUAAUCACCCGCUCCACAGCUUCAGAGCAUAAUAUUAUUUGUGUACCUACUCAGUAUAGUCAGAACUGUAUGUCGUCAUGUUGGGAUCAUCAUUCCUUGUAUGGUAUUCAUUUUCUCUUUCUCUUUCUCUCGCUCUAAACUCCUCAUCUCCUCCUUCAUCUUUUCCUCACCUGGACUAUUGUACUACCACACACACACAAUGCACCAUCAGUAAAUUAUUGUACACUUUUUGUUCAAUGGCACUACAUUCCAUGCACACUAUUAUACUGUCAAAAACUGCGCUGCUGCCACUAACGGUGCAUUGUAGACCACAGAAUUAAGGGCCCCCUUUCUACCUUUCAUCACGUUUCCAGAUUACCUCAAUCUGCAUUGUGCUGGU